AUCCACACGUGCUCCUGCCCACAGAGCUGCUCAGCGGCAAAUAGCACAGAGUUCAAAAACAGUUGAUAAGCCGGUCGCUUCAGUAGGAAUCCAGUCACCGCACCCUCAAGACAUGUUGAUCGUUUUUCUCAAAACCGCGCCGAAAUCCACACACAGUGUUUGCCUUUGUCCUGUUUAGAGGAGGGCAAAGAUGAAGGGACAGUUUUCAAACAUCGUGGAGAAUGACUUCAAAAAGACAAACACAUGAAGGGAUUCGAAACAAGGACACCCAGGAUGAAAGAAAAUAGCACCGCAGACAGGAAGAAGAUUGUAGGAGUGGUCCCAUCAACAGACUUCAAAGGAAGGGCGGUGGUUAAUUAUUGGGGUUUGGUUAUUGUUCUUGUGAGUUGUCACGUGAGUAAUUGUCCGGUUAAUGCGGAUCCAUUGUCCGGAGUAUCCGGAGCGACGUCCGGAUCAUCCGGAGGACAUCCUCCCGCCUGGACCACACGGACGGGAACGUCACUGACUGAGCAGAUAAUGAUGCGUCACGUCUACGAGCAGAUCAGAAGCCUGAAGUUCGCCUACGAGGAGAACAUCAAUCAGCUGAUGCGAAAGGUGGACACAAUCGACAUGAAGAUGUCGCGUCACAGCUGCGAUUACAGUGGCAUUGAAAGUGUGGUGCGCAAAAUCGACUCACUCGAUAUCAAAGUUAACCGACUUGAAGCAUCCAAUGUGCAUCGAUUGGAAGAAUUAUCCAAGACAAUCCAUACAAAAGGGAUCAGACAGGAGCUGGCCAUGGAUGGACUUGUUCAAAAAGUGGACGAGAAUCACGAGAGAAUAAAACAGAAAUUGAUAUUUGCAGAGAAGCGGCUCGACACAAUCAACAGCAAAAUGCAGGUUUAUGAAACGUCAAUCACUCGCGUGGAGUCUCGCCUGACUGACAUAGACAAUGACAUAAGUGAUAUGUCCAAUACAUUGGACGACAUAAAGUCACUGUCAACCAUCAUAGAUGACAAGCAUAACAACACACAACGAUCUAUGAAGGAACAGUUGCAGGCAAUAAAAUCAGAGUCAGCUGGCAGCCGCCAACAGUUGGAAGAGCUGUCCAGCUCGGUGAAGGACAUCGGCAGCAGACUCAACGACACUGCGCAGACGGCGAUGGUCCGCGACGACGAAAACGUCCGCAUACUGUCUGCAGACACCGACCGAGACUUACGACAGCAGAUCAACUUCGAGAGCAGGAGGAUCGAGGAUAAGAUCACAAGCAUGUACAACAACCUCUGGAGUCGAUUCAUGUCACUGGAGACCACCGCAAAGCAUCUGCUGAAAAUUGGCAACAUCACGCGACGUCAACUCAGGGAGGAUUUCCAAUCAUUGCUACAAUCAGAGGCUAGGUUUGCCGAGCCAGAAUCUCAAGAAAAUUACAUGAACCUGAUACUAGACGUGCUGAAACGUAUGCUACAAGAACACAAGGAACAGAUGGACUCCAACCUGCAAAUGUCGCUGACGUCACAAAAUCUGUUUAUCGACUCAUUCAACAAAUCUGUCCAUUAUUCCAACAGAAACGAGGAGUUAAAGGAUAUGGAAAUCACACUCUCCAGCAUACUUGAGAAAAUUAUAUACACGAUCACUAAUAAAACAUCACGGAUGGACACUCGAUUGGUUGAAGUAAUGCAGAUGAUCAAAGAGUACAAAACACAGACGAUGCGAAGUCUAUCACAUCUGACAAAAAUUGUCAUUUCAUUGACAGAGAAGAAUAAGGAGGACAGAGAAAGAUUCGAGAGGGGAAUACUAGACUUGACUAAAAUGAACGAAAUCAUUGCAUCGGUACUACAAGAUCUGUACGAGAAAUUCGAGAUAGUUGGAAACAUGACACCAUCCUGUGAGGAAACUACAAAAUGCACCGAGCUAAACCAUACAAAAGAUAAUGAUAACAGAGAAUUGGACGAUCCUGACAACAGUAGAGAAGAACUAGAAAGAGAAACAGUACAAGAAAACAAAAUCAAAAUAGAAAACGAUGACGUAGUCAGAAUAUAUUCGGAGAAUGGAAGUAACAUCGAACAUACAAACGCUAGUUACCAAGUACUGAAUACGACAAAUACAACACAAAAUAAUAAAACUACUACAAAGAAACAUAUUUCAAUCGUUAUUCCAUAUGAAGCUAUAGAAAAUGAAGAGGAAUUGAAAUCUAAGUUACAGGAUUUCUUCAGUAGAUUACCAGUGGCUAAAACUGAAGCUGUAAUAUUAACAAAUUCUAAUAAACAAAUUCCUGAUAGUGUGAAAGUAAAUAAUGGUGGAAAUUUGGAAGAUAUGCAGGCGAAUCUUGAGCAAACGGUAAACAAUGCUCUGAACGAUGGGAUUUCACAAAUUAUUCAAACAAUUUCUAAAAUUAUUGAUGGUUCACAGGAAAAUUCAUCUGAUAGUAAUCUACCUAUUGAGUCUACAAGUGAUCAGGGAGUAAACGAGGAAAAACCACAACAAAAUGAAAGUGAGAAGAAAUUUUACGAUUUGGAUGGAAAUGAAGACAUGGUACGUGGUUCACAAGAGGAAACAAAAAUACCACCAGGAGAGAAUGAAGAAGGAUCACUACAAAACGAGGAUAAGAAAAGAUUUUAUGAUUGGGAUGGAAAUGAAGACAUGGUUCACAGUUCACAGGAUGACACUAAAAUGAUACCAAAAGAAAAUGAAGGGAAAUCCGAGCAAAACGAGGAAGAAAACGUAGGGAAAUCCGAGCAAAACGAAGAAGAUAAGAAAAGAUUCUACGAUUGGGAUGGUAAUGAAGACAUGAUACCUAGUUCAAAAGAGGAUAGUAAAAUACUACCAAAAGAAAACGGAGAAAAAUCAUCACAAAACGAUGAUAAAAAGACAUUUUAUGAUUGGGAUGGUAAUGAAGACAUGGUAAGAUCUAAAGAAGAGACGAAUCAAGGAGAAAAAUUUAUGGAAAGUUUGGAUAAUGGGAACGCCAUGGAAAUCGCAGGGAAUCAGGGGACACAAGAAGGGAAAAUUCAGACUUCAACAAGGAAAAACGGAAAUUUGAUCAAGUUACCAGUUGUAUUGGAAAACAGCACUAAAACUGGGACAAAUAAUACAAGUCAAAUAUUGAGCCAGUUUUCUGGUACAGGAUCUACAACAAUGCUGAUAACAAAAUUGAUAAUAAUGAUUCUAUUAGCAUUCUUCAAGCUAAGAAGAAUAAACAGAGCGAAUUUACUGAGCAAAUGAAAAAUGAUAGUGAAACAUCUUCAACUGGGAAGAUUAGCAAAAUAUCAGAGCCAAGGCAAAAUAAUAGUGGAACAUCUUCAACUGAGAAGAUAAGUAAAAUAUAUGAGCCAAUGCAAAAUAAUAGUGGAAGAUCUUCAACUGAGAACAUUAGUAAAAUAUCAACAGUUACACCGAAAACAGUUGUUCCACAAUUGUCAACAGUUCUACCAACUCAGACAACUAAAAACUCUUCCUCUACAAUAUCAACAGAUUCACCAGCGUCAACAAUAAAAGCAUUAUUGUUAAAAAUAUCAACAAACCAGCCAACAAUUGAAACCACAACUAAACAAAGUCAAAACAAUGAAAAACCAAAAAGAAGAACAAAACAAGAUAUCAGACAACUAUUCGAAGACUUGAAGGCAAAAAGGUUGCAGAGAAUCCAAGAGCUGCAAAGUCUCACACAAGAAAACAGCAUGAUGCAGAAAGAUUUCGAAGAUGAUUUGAAAAAAGAUGAGCAGCCGUUAUUCGGGGGAGAUGACACGCCAUUGGCUAGGAGGGAUACUAGCGAACAUUUUCGACCAAUCACAAGCAGCGAGGAGAUAACCAAUAGCGCGCCAGAAUUUGAUUUGCUCUACGACGAACAAGAGAUGCCUUAUUCUGCUUAGGUCGGUGUUUUAUUAUUAGAGAGAUGGGAAUAUUUAUUUAAAUGUAAGACUGUGAUUAAAGAAGGCCUUAAAAAUAAGAACAGCAGCUUGAUUUCAAAA